CUGAAAAAAAAAAUCAAAAUCACACGAAACCCCAUAUUUAUCUUAAAAAUUAGAAAGAGAAACCUUGUGACUUUCAUCGAUUUCGUCUAAGAACUUGCGAGUUACAGCAAAUGUUUAAGGAUCAUCAUCAGGGUUGAAGCAACAUAGCCGUACUCUUCCUUAUCAUAGCGAUCGGAUUCUUUACUCUGGACGAAUUCACUCAGUUUCAGACCAAAUCUCUACCACUGACAUCCGAUUGCAACAAAAAUCAUGAUCACAACGCAAAGAAGUCAUACAGGAGGAGGGGGUUUACAGAGCCCUAGAUCCCCAUCUUCGCAACCUCCGUUUUUAUCAGUAUCUGUAACUGAUCCUGCUAAAAUGGGCAAUGGAGUUCAAGCUUAUAUCUCCUAUAAGGUCAUCACCAAGACUAACUUUCCAGACUAUCAAGGCCCAGAAAAGAUUGUUAUUAGACGUUAUACUGAUUUUGUUUGGUUAAGAGAUUGUCUCUUUAAGAAGUACAAAGGCAUCUUCAUUCCUCCACUUCCAGAAAAGAGCACUGUAGAGAAGUUCAGAUUCAGUGCUGAAUUCAUAGAGAUGAGGCGUCAAGCAUUGGAUUCAUUUGUCAAUAGGAUUGCAUUACAUCAUGAACUUCAACACAGUGAGGACCUUCGAACCUUCUUGCAGGCUGAUGAACAGACGAUGGAAAGAGCAAGGUCACAAGAUACUGGAAUCUUCAAGAGGAAGCCAGCUGAUUUAAUGCAGAUAUUCAGGGAUGUUCAAUCUAAAGUAAGUGAUGUAGUUCUUGGGAAAGAAAAACCAGUUGAAGAAACAAAUCCAGAGUAUGAGAAAUUAAAACGAUAUAUAUUUGAGCUUGAAGAUCACUUAGCUGAAGCCCAGAAGCAUGCGUAUCGUCUAGUAAAGAGACACAGAGAGUUGGGGCAAUCUCUAUCAGAUUUUGGUAAGGCAAUCAAACUCCUUGGUGCUUGUGAAGGAGAUGCUCUUGGGACUGCUUUCUCUGAGCUUGGAGCAAAAUCAGAGAUGCUAUCAAUCAAACUACAAAGAGAAGCCCACCAUCUUUUAAUGAAUUUUGAAGAGCCAUUGAAAGAUUACGUUCGUGCAGUGCAAUCUAUCAAGGGGACCAUAGGAGAGAGGGCUAAUGCUUUCAGACAACAAUGUGAAUUGAGCGAGACAAUAAAGCUAAAAGAAAUUGAUCUCAACAAAUUGAGGCUAACUCGAUCCGAAAAGAUGUUAGAUGCAGAGCAUGAAUACGAGGAGCUGAAAGCUGAUGGUGAAGAAGCAACGAGAAGAUUUGAGACAAUUGUGAAGCUAAUGAAUGAAGAAAUCAUUCGUUUCCAAGAUGAGAAAACACAAGACAUGGGGUUGGCUUUUCAUGAAUUUGCAAAAGGACAAGCGCGUUUAGCAAAUGGUAUUGCUGAUGCUUGGCGAAGUCUCAUUCCAAAACUUGAUGCUCUCACUCUCUCUUCCUCAUAA